AUGGUAUUAUCACUAACAGGAUAUUAUGAUUUCAAUAUUUCAGUAAAUAGAAAUAAUGAAAGUGAUUUAAAAUUAUUUUUUAUAAAUAAUCUUGGUAUAGAAAAAGAAUUUAAAAUCAAUUAUUAUAAAGAUAUAUUAAUAUUAAAAGAAAAAUUUAUAAAUAAAAUAAUUAAACCAAUCAUUUAUAAAUAUUUUAAAAAUAAUAAACAUUCAUUAAAUAGGGUUAUUAAAGAGAAUUCUGGAUUCUUUGGACAGGAAUUAAAUAUAUUGUUUGGAAUAAUUUUACAGGAGUUUGGAUUAGAGAAUUUAAAUUUAGUCAAAAAAUGUUUUAUAAACAAAAAUGAUAUAUCAUUUCAUAUUUCUUUAAAGGUAUUAAUAAAUUUUAAAGAAUAUACUAUUGAUUGUUCAAAAGAAAUUACAUAUGAUGUUAGUUUUUAUCAAGGAGUUCUUGAUGAAAAAGAAAUAGAAAACAUUUCAAUUUUGGGAAAGAACGAAUUGGAUGUUUCAAUUGAAGAUAUAAUUAAAAAUAUUUCAAAUUUUAAAAAUGAAAACCAAAGUAAAAAUUGCGAAAUUAAAAGUAGUGUAGAAAAGUGUGCAGAUGCAAUAGUUAAAGAUGUUCCUUUUGGUGAUAUUUGUUGCUGGCAAAAAUACAGAACCGAUUCAAAUUUAACAGAAAUGAAAAUUACAAAUAAUAAAUAUCAAACAGACAACGAUAAAUUGGAGGAUAUUUUAAAAACAUAUGGUCCAUGGAGAGAAACAGAUACUGAAUUAUUAAAUAUAUUAUUCGAAAAAGAUAUAAAUAAUCACUAUGUUUUAAAAUAUAAAGAUUAUGUAGAUUUAAAUAUCAAUUCAUAUCCAUAUCUAUGUAACCAAACAGAGAAUACCAAUCCAAUAGCAUUUACUAUUCUUAUACAUAAAAUAGACAUUGAAGCAAUUAAAACCUUAUUCAAUAUAUAUUAUAAACCAUUUCAUUAUUAUGUUUUGCAUGUUGAUAAAUGUAUAAAAGAUGAAAACCAAAUAAACAAUUUAAAAAAUAUAUUAAAAGUAUUUGAAAUUAAUCAUAAAUUAAAAAAUAGAAAAUAUGAAAAUCUACCCAGCAAUAUUUUAAUAAUGGAAGAAAGAUUUUUAGGUACUUGGGGUUCAAUUACAUUAGUUUAUAUGGAACUAGCAUCAUAUGGAAAACUAUUCGAUAUGGUUCAUGAAAGAACAAUGGUUACCAAUAAAUACUCUCAAUGGUCACAUGUAAUUAAUUUAAGUUUAAAUGAUAUGCCAACAAUCCCAAUUUCAAAUUUAACAAGGUUACUCUGUGAAAAUUAUAAAACAAAUUAUUUGGAAGAGCUAUCACUUAAAGAGACUAUAAGAUACCAUAAAACACAUUUAGAAUUUUCAAAAGAUAUUUUACAUUUCGAACCUAUGCCUAUUCCAGAUGAUAUUUUUGAACUUUAUCAAUGUGGAAAGCAUGGAAUAAUGAAUUAUUACAACAGAAAUGGAAUUUCUGAUGGCACUCAAUGGCAUAUACUAACAUCAACUUAUGCAAACUAUUUAAUUGGUAAUAUUAAAUCAAUAGAGAAGUUAUUUUCAUUCAAAUUUAUCGAUAUACCAGAUGAAAUAUUUUUCCAAUCCUCAAAAGUAUUCUAUCCACAAUUAGAGAAAGAAAUAUGGACUAAAGAUUGCCAUCGUUUAACAAUGUGGUUAAAUAAUCCAUUUAGAGAUGAUAAAUACAGAUAUGGAGUUUUCAUUAACGAUUUGGACACUCUUAAAGAAGGAACAUUUUUUGUUAGAAAAGUUUAUACAGAAGAAGUUAGAAAUGCAAUUAUAGAAAAGUUUAAUUUAUUAGAAAAAUAA